GGCAGGGGAUUCCCUUUCAUCCUUCUCUCCACAGACCCUGCCCGAGGGAUGUGAGCGGGGUGCGGGUCCCGGGGUGCCAGCGAGGAGCCGCCCCCUCGCCCGCCCGCCCGCCCCGAGAGAGGAGGCGGCUCCGGCCUGGGAGCCGCCCCCUCUCGCCGCGGGAGAACAAACGGGAUAUUCAGCAGUGGCCUGUGGCUGCCAGAGCAACUCCUCAGGGGAAAUUAAGCGGCGAGGCCGACUGCGCCGUAAUCGCCUCUAGCAAAGCGCCCCGGCCCCGCCUGCCGCGCACGCCCGGCUACCUGGGCUGCCCCGCGGCGGCGCGUGUGCGGGAGAGCGGGAGAGGAGAGGGCUCGCCGGGGUGCGGGGCGCGCCGGGGCGGGAGUCCGGGCCGGUGCGGAGCGCGCGGUGCUCCGGGGUGCGCGCCGGGGUGGGGCGAGCCCCGAGCGUCUCCACCGGCCAUGAGGGGCGCGGGCGCCUGGGCCCCGCUCUGCCUGCUGCUGGCCGCCGCCGCCCAGCCCUCGCGGCCGCAGCCCCCGGAGAGACCUGUUUUCACAUGUGGUGGCAUUCUUACUGGAGAAUCUGGCUUUAUUGGCAGCGAAGGUUUUCCUGGAGUGUACCCUCCAAAUAGCAAAUGUACCUGGAAAAUCACAGUCCCCGAGGGAAAAGUAGUAGUUCUUAAUUUCCGAUUCAUAGACCUGGAGAGUGACAACCUGUGUCGCUAUGACUUUGUGGACGUGUACAACGGCCACUCCAACGGCCAGCGCAUUGGGCGCUUCUGCGGCACGUUCCGGCCCGGAGCUCUUGUGUCCAGUGGCAACAAGAUGAUGGUGCAGAUGAUUUCCGAUGCCAACACAGCUGGGAAUGGCUUCAUGGCCAUGUUCUCUGCCGCUGAACCAAAUGAAAGAGGGGAUCAGUAUUGUGGAGGACUCCUUGAAAGACCUUCCGGCUCUUUUAAAACCCCCAACUGGCCAGACCGUGAUUACCCUGCAGGAGUCACUUGUGUGUGGCACAUUGUAGCCCCAAAGAAUCAGCUUAUAGAAUUAAAGUUUGAGAAGUUUGACGUUGAGCGUGAUAACUACUGCCGGUACGAUUAUGUGGCCGUGUUUAACGGUGGGGAGAUCAAUGACGCUGAAAGAAUUGGGAAGUAUUGUGGCGACAGCCCCCCCGCGCCAAUUGUAUCUGAGAGAAAUGAACUUCUCAUUCAGUUUUUAUCAGACUUAAGUUUAACUGCAGAUGGAUUUAUCGGUCACUACAAGUUCAGGCCAAAGAAAUUGCCGGCAACUACAGCACCACCUGUUACCACCACCUUUCCUGUGACUACAAGUUUAAAACCCACCGUGGCCCUGUGUCAGCAGAAGUGUAGACGGACGGGGACUCUGGAGAGCAAUUAUUGCUUGAGUAACUUUGUCUUGGCCGGCACUGUUAUCACCACCAUCCCUCGAGGUGGGAGCUUGCACGCCACGGUCUCAAUCAUCAACAUCUAUAAAGAGGGGAAUCUGGCAAUUCAGCAGGCCGGCAAGAACAUGAGUGCCAAGGUCAUCGUGGUCUGCAAGCAGUGCCCGCUCCUCAGAAGAGGUCUAAACUACAUUAUUAUGGGCCAAGUGGGUGAAGAUGGGAGAGGCAAAAUCAUGCCCAACAGCUUUAUCAUGAUGUUCAAGACCAAGAAUCAGAAGCUCCUGGACGCCUUGAAGAACAAGCAAUGUUAACAGUGAACUGUGUCCAUUUAAGCUGCGUUCUGUCACUGCCUUUGAAGGAUCUCUUUUUUUCUCAGUAGGAAAAGAAAAUUUGUAACCUGAAAUAUUGAGCAGUCAGAGAGAUUUACUCUUCACAUGAUGUGGGUAGGAGAGCUCCGGUGUCACUGAUGGAAGUUCUGUUGCCUGCACGGAAGAGGAGCAGAGAGCUGAUUGGAAACCUGCAGACUUAGUGAGGUGAUAAGAAACUAAAUGUAUCAAGUGUUGACAGUUUGGAAGCAGUUUAUUUAUACAUCUCUGUAAAAGGAUAUUUUAGAAAUGAGUUGUGUGAAGAUGUAAAAAAGAGAUUUUAUACGUGCAAUAUUUAUAGCGAUAUGUUUUACCUUCAAGCAUUUGCUCUGAGUUAUAUUCUUCUCUUGCAUUUUUAAAAUCAAUGCUUAAUAAAAUAUUUUAAAAUGA